AUGGGCUCAGCUUUAUCUUCUAUUGGAAAGCAUAGACGUUUAGUGGAUUAUGGUUAUACAGUGCCUCUUGGAUUAUAUGCUGAUAAUAAUAAUAUUCAUAAGAAGAAGGGUGUGAGGAAUGAUAAAAAGCGAUACAGCGAUUUAAAGCAUAUUGAAGAAAUGAUUGUUACGAGGAAGUUAUCACCAUUCUAUAAAGGGUUGCCUACCGAACCAUUUUACGAAGCCGCUGAUUCGUCUUUAAUAGAUUGUCUGCCCGGAGAAGAAAGGAUGUUUAAUUGCUUUUCAAAGCCAUUGUUGCAUCGUAGAAUAACCUCAACAGAGCUUAAUUUUGAUAUAGAAAAGACUGUCAAGCAUGGAAGGUUCAGCCUUUGCUUUCGACCGAUGAAUGAGAGGCAUCAGCGAAGAAGGUUAUAUUAUAAGAGCGUUGAAUGUCCUAUUUGCCUUUUGUAUUAUCCAUGCAACAUUAAUUACUCUAUAUGUUGUAAUCAACCUAUCUGCUCGGAAUGCUUUGUAGAAAUUAUAAGAAACAGAAUAUACUAUGUGAAAAUGAAAUCAAGAGAAGCUGUUAGUUUAGAACAAUAUCCGCAGGACAACUUAUGCCCUUUUUGUAUGACAGAGGACUUCCGCGUAAAAUACAAUGGCUCGCCUUCAUUCACCGAUGACUUUACUGAGAAAGCAACCGCUCAUUCUCAUACUUUUGCAGCUUUUCGCAAGUCAGUGCGAACCGCAAAGCAAAGCUAA